CACACCUUUCCCUGACCCACCCCCAUUCCCCUCAGGAACCCAGGGUUCCGGUCCUCCUUCCAAAUUCCAGUCACCCCUCCCCCAUCAGUAUCUCUUCCCAAGACCAGGGAUGGAGGCUGAAAGACCCCAGGAGGAAGAGGAUGGUGAGCAGGGUCCCCCGAAAGAUGAUCAGGGCUGGCCCCCUGUGAACUCCACCACUCGGCCUUGGCGAUCUGCUCCUCCCUCCCCUCCUCCUCCAGGAACCCGCCACACAGCCCUGGGCCCCCGGUCGGGCUCCCUGCUCUCCCUGCAGACCGAGCUCCUUCUCGACCUGGUGGCUGAGGCCCAGUCCCGCCGCCUAGAGGAACAGAGGGCCACCUUCCACACUCCUGAGGUCCCCCCAAGCCUAGCCCCAACCCCACCCCGGCUUCUUGAGGACAAAGAACAGCUCUACAGCACCAUCCUUAGUCACCAGUGCCAGCGGAUGGAAGCCCAGCGGUCAGAGCCGCCCCUCCCCCCCGGGGGACAGGAGCUCCUGGAGUUGCUACUGCGAGUUCAGGGUGGAGGUCGAAUGGAGGAGCAGAGAUCCCGGCCCCCUCCACACACCUGCUGAGACCUAACUCCCAACCAGCCCUUCUCUCUGGGACUCAAAGCUGGGCCACCCGGCAUAUCUUCAACCCUGUGUGGCAGGGGUACCAGAAACCAGAGACUGAAGACCCGGCAGUAUUCACCACCCACUUCCCCAGGGAACUGGACUUGGGGCAAGUACUCUGACUUUGAAAAUAAGCAAGGUAGGGUGGACACAGCGCUAUCCUGAGCUAUCAAACUACUAAACAGGGUGUGAGGGCUGAGGCCUGCCCCUUUCUGCCUAGUAAGAAAAAAAGAAAAAGAUUAAGACAACUGUCCGCCACUAGCACCCCAAGUCCGAAGGCAGAGGGGCCCAGAGGCCUUAGCGAACCUUAGCCCCGCCCACCCCCCUGCUGCUGAGUCUGUCUGAUGUUUUGGUUGUAUGAAUAAAUAUAAU